GGGAGGGGUGGGGGUGAGAGCCGGGAGCCCGGACGCCUGGGUUCUCUCCAGGCUCUGGGAUGGGAGUAGGGGCUGGGCUCUGGACUCUGCUGUCGAUGCUGCUGCUGAUGCCGGGGCCAGUUCAGGCAGGCGCCCCCCGGCCCAUGUGUGACCCCCGUGUGCUGGAGAUGUUCAUCCGUGAGACCCAGGAUGCAGAGAAGGCAGCAGCUGCCUGCGGAGCUGCGUGCGACCUGCCGGACAUCCUGAUGCUGCCUGAAACAAAAGUGAACUUUAAUGAGUGGCAGCAAAUGAGUUGGCCAGCGCGGGUGCAGGAGGUGUGGGGGGGUCAUACCCUCCUGGUUACUGCCCUCUGCCGUGCCCGGGAGCUGGUGACUGAGCCGGGGACACGGGUGACGCUGGAGCGGAUGCACAACGUGGUGCGCGGCGUGGGCCAGAUCCUGCGCAACCAUGAGGCCAAGCCCCCACCCCUGGCCCCGCCCCCAGGCAGCCCUGCCCGCUCUGUGCUCCGCCUCCUGGGGGCUCAGUCCAACUUCCUGCGGGGCAAAGUCUCACUCUUGCUGGCCGAUGCCUGCCGGGGGGGCGGGCCUACGUGAGGCCCCGCCCAGCAGAAUCCUACCCCUUGGAGCCAGUGAUUGACAGCUGCCUGGGAUAGAGGGAGCAACUCGUGACGGACGCCUGUCAAUCAAGCCCAGAGCCUGCGGUGAAGGAUGCUGUCAGUGCCCAGCAUGCAAGGACUGCUGGCAGAGUGACUGAUGGAUGAUUGACAGCUGUCAAUCACACUGCUCCUUCCCAUGCCUGGAUUCCGUGCCCCCCGGACUCCUAGGUUCCUUUGCGGGGAGGCACAGAGACUCCAUGUUUGAUAUUAACUUAAUGUGUAAAAACCCCCCAUAUUUAUCUGUGACAAUAAACAGCCCAGACCCAAUCCUGGUGCCCCUCACUCCCGACCCACAGCCCCCUGGCCUGGCGGGUGCCCCUCACUCCAGAUCCACAGGACCCGCCAUCCGAAAGCAAACAGCUGAGGUCACAGUGAACCCAGCGGCUGCCAAACAGGUUUGGGGUCAGAGCCCAGAUGCCUGGGGUCUCUAUAGGGGA